CUUACAAAACCUUGUGCUGUUAAAGAUUGUACUAAUACAGUUAAAUCUUUUAGAAAUGUAACUAAAGAACUUAAAACUAAAAUUGAUCAAUAUUUUGAUUUACAAUAUAAUUAUUUAAAAGUUAAUCAAGAUCAAAUUUGUUUUGGACUUAUUUUAAAUGAUAUAUUAGUUAAUGAUAUUGAUUAUUUAAAAUUUUAUGAAGAACAACAAUAUAUUGAUUUGGAUUAUAAUAAUUUUUCAGAUAUAACUACAAAAAUUAUUGAUGAUGGUUGA